CAACAUUCCCCUAAAAGUGUUGUGUGCUUCUCUUAAAAACCGUAUCGCCGGCGAAUUUCAUUAAAUUAUCGAUAUCAUAAGUAUGCUACCCUUAUCACUUCUGAGGACAGCUGUGAACCAUCCCAUGCUGGUUGAAUUGAAGAAUGGGGAAACAUACAAUGGUCAUCUUGUCAGCUGUGAUAACUGGAUGAACAUCAACCUCAGGGAAGUCAUCUGUACAUCCAGAGAUGGAGACCGUUUCUGGAGAAUGCCAGAGUGUUACAUACGAGGCAGCACCAUCAAGUAUCUGCGGAUUCCAGAUGAGGUCAUUGACAUGGUGAAGGAGGAGGUCAUCCAGAAAUCAAAGGGCCGUGGAGAGAUGAGAGGGCGUGGUGGCGGUCCACAGAGGGGUCGUGGAGGAAGAGGAGCUUUUGGAAGAGGUGGUAACCGAGGAGGAGGUGGUGGCGGUCGCGGAGGUGGAGGCGGAAGAGGAGGAAAGGGUCGAGGAGAAUAAGAAAGUGCGGUUAAAAUAUCACUGCAUUAUAAUUAUUACAGUGUGAGGGUCGUUCAAAAACUAUUAUCAGAGAUUUCAAUGUGCUAUGUGUAAUGAGCUACUUGUUUGCAUUCUUAAUGCAACUGUUGAACAGUGUACAGAGAAAUGAUUUCCAAGAUAUUAGUUGUUGCUGGACUAUAAUAAGUGUAUAAUGAAGUGAAAUGUGAGCGGAAAAAACUGACUGAUGAUUAUUAGACGUGCCUAGUUAUUUUAAAUGAGUACAACAACAUUAGUGCUUGUCUAACAAUGAUUGGAAUCUGGGCUCAGGUUCAGGUAAUGUCCUUUCUGGGGUUUUUUCUUCCCAAAGAAGAAUCCUGUAUUUUUGUUUUGGAUAUGAAACUUUUUUUGUCAGUCUAGUUUUGUUUUUUUCUUCCUAAAAUGUGGCCAUUGGACUCCAUUUAUAUUUUAAAAAAUAACUGUACUUCUUUUUCACAUAUUUUUCUUCUGAAAAUUGUUACAUGUUUUCAUUUUUUCCGCCAUUAUUUUUUUUCAGCUGAAUGUUGUAAAUUCCUACCUUUAGAUGUAUUUGAAUAUAGAAGUCACUGUCAGCGAUGUUACAGGCCCCAUUUCGAGCCCUUUUUAAAAAAGAACUUGUUUUGUAAAUUUGGCCCUUUCACAAUAAAAGUGUCACUAUUUUAACAAGUCCAUGGGCCCCAUUUGCAAAGGAGUAAGAAAAAAUACUGAACAGUUAUAAUUCUGCUGAACCUUUUUUACUGAAUUUAUUUUUAUUGGCAGGUCAUCUUUUUAUUGACUGGUCAAUAUAAUUGUUUUUAAAUGUUUAGAAUGUUAUUAUAAAAACUUAGUCAAACUUAAGACAGAUUGUUGUUUGUGCAAAGGGAUAGAAUAAUAACACAAUUUUGAUGUAUCCUAUGCAUACUAGAAUGAUUGAUUAGAAAAAAUUACAUAAACUUGUUACAAAUGACAGUUUGUCAUUGAAAAAUAAUUACAAUGAUAUACAGGGGUUUGCUCUGGUUUUGACAUCUCAUGCAAACACCCAAAGUUGGCAGGUAGAUUCAUGUAUUCGUGAGUCUAAUCGUACAGGGCCUUCCUUUGAAUAUAUUUUAGAUUCAACAAAUCUGAGGGAGGGGUGCAGGAGAGGGAUUAUCCCCUUCUGCGUAAUAAAUGAUUCUUGUUAUGCUGAGAAACUGGAUUUUCAGACUAAGCUUUGCAACUGUACAUAGUGUGGUUUGGUGCUGUUGAAACGCAUCAAAAAUUCAUUUAUUCACAGUUUUUCAAGUUGCCUUCAAAAAAGUCUUUAUAAUAAAAUGUUCGGCCACCCAUGUCUAUAAUAACCUUUGCAUCUUUUUCUCAUAAUGAAAUUAAAAAUGCCAAGUUAUUGUGAUAUUUGGUUCAGAUUAUUUACAUGUUUCAUUGAAAGUCUUACCACCUCAUUACAUGUUAAUCAUCAUUAUACAUUUGUACAUGUAUUGUUGUUGUUUACAGAUAAUAAACAACCAUGUAAUCAUUUCAAAGAUAAGAGCACACUUUUACCAAAGUGAUGAAAAGCCUGACAUGAAAUGUUUAGGUCAAUUAUCUGCGCAAGAUCUAGAUAUGUGUUCUUCUUAUGAAAUAUCUAUCAUUAGUAAAGAAAAUUGUUUUGUACGAUAUAUAGAUGGCCAAUUUGAUAACCUCCAUGAUCUGAUGAUAACUGAUUAUUUGUAAACACUUGUCAUGUUAAUGUAAUGCGUUGAAGUAAUAGACAUGUAUUUUCCUUUGAUCAUGAUAACAUUUGUAAAAGAUUCAUUAAGAUUAUUGUUAUUUGUCAACAAGUGUAAUAAUACUUUUCUCAUGAUUAGCAAUCAUUGUUGGUAUCAUAUCUCAUUAUUAUUCUUUGCAAAUAUUUCUGAUCCAUUUCAACUUGUAACUUACAUGUUUUGAAGAUUGAUAUCAAAAGUUCAUGCUUUUGAUUUUUGUCAUUUUAUUAACCAUAAAAAAGUCAUUAAGACAUCAGGCCAUGUAAUCAAGCAAACAUAUUAAUUUAAACGAUUAUUAUCCGAAACAUUAUUCAAAUUAUAUUUUGCGACGUUUCAUAAAAAGUGUCAGAUAUUUUCAACGCUGUCACUUUUCCAGUGCAUUUGCAAGCUGUUGUUUUGACCUUGUGAGCUGAAAAAAAUACAUAAAAAUAAACUUUAAACAUUU